AUGGCCAUUAAACCUAUCAACUUCGAUGCUAGCGGUAAAAUUGGAUCUAGUCCACUGAUUCUUAGUCCCAUAUCUGCUGUCAAAGAGCUUAUUGACAAUGCUAUAGACUCAGGCGCUAAGAAUAUAUACAUUGAUAUCGAUGAACAAACUAGCGGUUCUGAGUAUAUUAGGGUCAGAGAUGAUGGCUCAGGUAUUGAUGGGGCCGGUAGGCAGCUAAUGUGUUUGAACCACACUACUUCAAAGAUUUCCAACCCGCAGGAGAUCGCACAGGUUAGUACAUUGGGAUUUAGAGGACAAGCGCUAUUCUCAUUGGCAUCUCUUUGUAAAGCUGAAGGCUCUAUGGAAGUUAUUACAAAGUGUAGAAAAGAUGCAGUAGGUGAGAAGUGGUUUGUCAAUGGAGAUGGUUCCAUAAAGAACUCAAAGAUUACAAGAAUCCCAUAUCUACAGGGAACUACCCUAGUUCUAAGGAGAUUGUUUCGAGGUUUGAGAGCUAGACACUUGAAAACUAGUGCCAAACCCUUCAAGCAAAUCGGAAACUGUAAGACGCUGAUAGAUCACUACUCGUUAGAUUACAGAUCAAUACGUUUUCAUUUCUACUUGAUUAGUUUGGAUAAGAAUGGUUUGGUAGUAAAAAGAGAGUUACAACAGUCUCACGAUACAAAAUUUACCAAAAUUAAGAUUCUUUCAUCAAUUGCACGUCUAAGAAAUACCCAUGGUCAUACCUUCUUUGAAGAACUAGGCAUUCUCAUUGACAGGUCUACCAAGAUAGAUGUAAUUUUGCCGCGGAUGCUGCCACAUGGUGGUGAAGAAGAUCUUGAUAAUAUCAAAAAACCAAAGAAAUUUCUCUCGUUUAAUGGACGCCCUCUAUCUUUAGAGCUUUCUUUUGGUAAGAGUAUCAAUGAGCUGAUCGAUUCCCUUUACCAUCAGUUGCAAUUAUUUGACCCCAUGGUAUGGUACUUGAACCUCCGUAGUGUUAUGAAUAUUGGAGAUGUGAAUGUUGAACCUGAAAAAAAUGACGUUUUGAUAAAAGAUGUUGACCGUCUGCUGAAUAACAUGAGAAGAGCAUUACUUGGCCAUAUCAUGCAGGAAUUGAAGCUCAAUGUUCACAAGGAAUCUGUUUUAACCGCUGAGGAACAGACUAAAGCGAAUUCGCAUUCUCAAAUUAGGAGGCCUUUAACGGCAGGAUCAAUGGUUUCGAAUGAAGGGGAGUGGACGCAUACUUUGUUAGACGACGAUGAUAUUAAUGAUCCAAAUUCCCAGGAUAUUCAAAGCAGCAUGGACGAUUUGCCAUCUUCUCUAACCUAUAACUACAAGGAAACUUCAUUUGAAAACGAGGAUCUGGAGAUCUCUAAGGAAUUAUCUAUUUCAAACCCAUUUAUGACGGCCAAACUGAGGAGAGCUUUCAAAUAUGGCAGCCAUAAUCGUCAUACUAACCAAACUCAUUCUCUGCCCACCAAGAGGUGGACUUCAUCGCCGACCAAGAGUAAAGAGAACUUUAUGGAUGGUCAUCGACCAAUGAACAAGGUUCGCAAAUUAGAUAAAACAGAAAAAGAGCAAUGUGAAGAAUUUGACCUUGGGCAUUCUCUGGAAGAUACUACCUUGGUUAGCGCCGAGGAAGACCAGAAGGAUGAAGAAGCGAUACUUAAGAGAUCUAUCUACAAUUUCUCUGAACUUACAAACAAUGAGACUACAACGGAAAUCUUUGAAAUUCCUCAUUAUUCCUCAUGUACCUACGACCAAGAAAUGAAUUGGCUAUCACGUAGAGGAAAUCCUUCAGAAUGGCUUACGACAUAUAUAAGGUCACGUUCACAUGGUGGUGUUUACACAACAGAAGCUCGGGCCAAUCAUUAG